UAGGUAAAAGCUAUGUGUCAAUUUUUUCCUUUUUAAUUUUAGGUUUUGUAAUUUGCCAUAAUUCAUUCACAUUUUCAACCAUUCCCUGAAGAGCACAUGGGAAUCCCAUUGUCACUCAGACUACCUCCCAACGUCAAUUAACUGGAUUAAGAAUCAAACCGCAUUCCGCAACAUUUUUGAAAGGCUCAAAUGGUGCAUUCUUGGUGGGAAUGACGAUAUGGUGCGCUACGUUCUUAUUUAUUUAUUUAUGAAAAUUCUACUAUUCUUGGUGGGAAUAAAGUUGACAAUUUUAUUCCAUUCAUCUUGAAUUAAGACUCUAUAUACUUUUAAAAACUAAAUUUACUUAAAAGCGCUCAAGCAUCCUUCGAUGAUGCUUGAAAGUUUGUGCCCAAUUUUACAAGUUUUUUUUUUUUUUAAAAAAAUCCAAAUUCAUGAGUUUUUUUAAUUAAAUUUGGUUUUCUAUAAUUUCUAAAAUCCUCUUAAAUUGGUUAAAGUUUAGUUGAUAUGUCUAUAUAUAAGUCCUUUAAGAGAAUUCUUUUCAUUUUCCAUGCACCUUAACCAUAAUCACUAGUUUAUGUGCUUAAUUAACCUAAUGUUCUCAUAAGGAUAAAUUAUUAUUGAUUGAGCUCACGAUAGCCAAUGCAUCCCCCUCAAGUACUCAUUGAGGAGUCUUAGCAUACAGGUGUUAAUGUCAUGGACGUAAGGUUAAGUGUGGGCUCUUGUAGUGUAAGGUGGUGUUUAUUUUUUGACUGAAUAAAAAAAGCUAAAAUAUUUGACUUUUUCUAUUCAGCAAAAAAACAAACACCACCUAAGUCUUUAAAUUUAUGUACUUGAUCUUCAUAUUUAAAGAAUUUAAUUUUAUGAUCGGUUGACUUAGUUUUUAUAUCUACAAAGUUUCUCAAGAAUUUGUGGAUGAUUAUUUAUUUAUUUAUUUAAAUCACAUAUCCUAUUUACGAUUUUAUGAUCGGAUGUUCUUUGUUUAUUGAUUAACUACAUCCUAUGAAAUAAAUAAAACAAAAAAAUUUAAAAUCAAAAUUUUGGAUUAAUAAUUGAGCACUAUCUAUUCACCCUCAUUAAAUAAUUCCAUGAUAUAAGAUCUGGAACUCUAAAAUUCCAAAUUCAUAGGACAUUUUUUGAAUUUGAUAAGUGCUCAAUUCUGAAUAUGCAACAUCCAAGCACCUUCACUUCCAUGUCCUUUCAGUUUCUUUUCCACUGGGGGCUAUUUCCCAUAUUCAUGAAGUCAAUUUGAGUGGUCGUGAAAAGGGCAAAAUCUAGGUGGCUAGUCUUAAUUACUUCUCAGUGCAUGUCAUUUUCUGUGACCUUAUUACUAUGACACAAAUUGAGGCCUUGAAUCUUACGGAGGUGGAGGUUCCCUUUUACACUUUGACAUUGUUCAACUCUCCAACAAACUCUCCAUAUAGGUAAAAUGGAGUCGAUGUUCAUUGUUUAUUCAUGGUGGAGGAGCAUCUAUUCUCAAACUCAGUGAUGUAGAAGGCGGCUAUGCACAUUGGGCUAUGGACACAGGUGGAUGAGAAACCACACCAAAUGCUUCAUCUCCCAAGUGAUGUCCUUCCACAUGAUAUAUCAAAAUGCUUGGACGACGAUGGCCGGCCAAAAAGAACAGGAACUGUUUGGACUGCAAGUGCCCACAUAAUCACAUCAAUUAUCGGAUCCGGGGUGCUUUCAUUAGCAUGGGCUGUAGCUCAGCUAGGAUGGAUUGGUGGACCAACUGUAAUUCUCAUGUUCGCAGUUGUAAUAUGUUAUACUUCAUCUCUACUAGCAGACUGUUACAGGUCAGGUGAUCCCAUAUCUGGAAAGAGAAACUAUACUUACAUGGAGGUCGUUCAAUCCAAUCUUGGUGGUGCAAAGGUCAAGAUAUGUGGCCUAAUCCAGUACUGCAAUCUUUUCGGAAUCACGGUUGGAUACACUAUUGCAACAUCUGUAAGCAUGAUGGCAGUUAUGCGGUCUAAUUGUUUCCACAGGAGUGGCAAUAAGAACCCAUGCCAUGAGUCGAGCAACCCUUACAUGAUCAUGUUUGGCAUUAUUGAAAUCGUGUUGUCUCAGAUUCCAGACUUCGAUCAAAUAUGGUGGCUCUCUAUUCUUGCCUCCAUCAUGUCCUUUACUUACUCUUCAAUAGGUCUAGGCCUCGGGGUUUCUACUGUUGCAGCAAAUGGAAUUUUCAAGGGUACUCUCACCGGAAUAAGCAUUGGAACCAUCACAAGAACACAAAAGCUAUGGAAGUGUUUCCAGGCUUUGGCUAACAUAGCAUUUUCAUACUGCUAUUCAUUUGUCCUCGUUGAAAUUCAGGACACAAUCAAGUCCCCUCCGUCAGAAGCAACAACAAUGAAAAAGGCCAACCUGAUAAGUGUAGCGAUAACAACAUCUUUCUAUAUGCUUUGUGGCUGCAUGGGCUAUGCAGCUUUAGGGGAUCAAGCUCCUGGAAACCUCCUCACUGAGUUUGGCUUCCGUGAUCCAUUUUGGCUCAUUGAUAUUGCCAACAUCGCCAUAGUAAUCCACCUUGUUGGAGCUUACCAAGUCUUUUCUCAACCUCUUUUUGCCUUCAUUGAAAAAUGGUUGUCCAAGAAAUGUCCAAGUAGCACAUUUAUCACCAAGGAAAUCAAGGUUCCAAUACCAUGUUGGGGAGUCUAUAAUCUAAACCUCUUUAGAUUAGUAUGGAGAUCGGCUUUUGUUAUGGUAACCACCCUUGUAUCAAUGUUGCUCCCAUUCUUCAAUGACGUCUUGGGAAUAAUAGGGGCAUUCGCCUUCUGGCCUCUUGCUGUUUACUUCCCCGUCGAGAUGUAUAUCGCUCAGAGAAGGAUACCAAAAUGGGGUGUCAAAUGGACUUGCUUUCAAAUGCUGAGUCUGGCGUGUCUUAUGAUCUCUAUUGUAGCUGGAAUUGGUUCAAUCGCCGGUGUUGUGACCGAUCUUAGAGCUUACCAGCCGUUCAAGACUAGAUACUAGGAGCUAGCUCGUUUAGCACGACCGUACCUUUAGAAAACAUGUUCGCAUAAAAGGAAUUAGUGUGCAAAUAAGAGGUUUCAACUUCAAAUGUAAAAGGAAAGACUAAAUUCUGAAACCUCUUUCCAUGCACCUUCCUGCAAGAGCAUCUUACUCCCAACUUGAAUAAGAUAAGUUCUUAUCUGCAA